AUGACUGAGGAGUGGAUUUGUUUGUUUGUUUUUUACAUUAACACAUUUUUUUCUGUGUGUUUACAGGUGGGGUGUGAGUGGGUUUGGUUGGAUUCUAGACAAGACAAUCCUGAUGACUCUGAGUUGAGCAAUGACUGCAGGUCCCUCUUCAGCUCUUUGGACUCCAGUCUGGAUCUUGAUGUGGGCAGCUGGAAGGACACUGAGGAUGCAGAUGCAGAUGAGCUGGAGGGAAACAGCCCAGAGAAAGAAUCUAGUGAGCUUCUUGUGGAAGAUGUCGAGAGUGAAGAACCUCAGGAAGAGGCGGAACAGGACACAUCCCAGAACGUUCUCCACCACCUCUCUGAGGGGGAAGCUCAGCAAGUCUCAAAAGAGGACGAUCGAGGUGAAGGGUCGGCUUCAGAUGGAGAAGACACGCCCCCUUUAGGUGAGGGCCGUGACGGCAUCCGAGUUCAGGAAGCGCCCCUCGUGACUAUCCUUUACAACUGUACUAACUCCUCACAACUGAGUGACCUAAGCCAAGGUGAUCCUAUUCAGGAUCAUUUCCUAUUUAAGAAGACUCUUUUGCAAGUCUGGAAGAUGAUUGCCAGUCACAGGUUUAGCAGCCCAUUUCUGAAACCUGUGUCAGAAAAGCAGGCCCCAGGAUACAAGGAUGUGGUGAAAAGACCCAUGGACUUAACAACCCUGAAGAGGAAUCUGUCUAAGGGACGCAUCCACACCAUGGCUGAAUUCCAGCGGGAUCUGAUGCUGAUGUUCCAAAAUGCUGUGAUGUACAACGACUCCAAUCAUCACAUAUACCACAUGGCUGUGGAGAUGCAGCGGGAAGUCUUGGAGCAGAUCCAGGUACUGAGCACUUGGCUGGACAAAAGGAAGGACUUGAGUCUGCAGUGAGCGCCAGCUGAUCCAGUGGAUGAAGGAAGCAGGCUUGUCAGCCUGGAACUAUAAGUCUGAUUCUUCCUCAA